AUGAUAAGAUUUGAAGACCUGGCUGUGUAUUUCACCUGGGAGGAAUGGCAGAACAUGGACAAUGCUCAAAAAAUCUUGUACAGGGAUGUGAUGCUGGAGACCUACAGCAUCCUGUUCUCCUCGGGGCAUUGUAUGACCAAACCUGACUUGAUCUUGAAGUUGGAGCAAGGAGCAGAGCCAUGGAUGGGGGAAGAAUGCUUACAUCAGAGUCUUCCAGAGGAGAAACCUCAUGAAUAUAAUAACUAUGGAAAAGACUUUUUGAACAAGUCUGACCUCAGUAAUCAGCAGAGAAUUCACAAAGGGCAGAAGCCUUAUGAAUGCAAUGACUAUGGAAAAGCCUUUGGUCAGAAGUCAAACCUCACAAUGCAUCAGAGAAUUCACACAGGGGAGAAACUUUAUGAAUGUAAUGACUGUGGAAAAGCCUUUGGUCAGAAGUCAAACCUCACAAUGCAUCAGAGAAUUCAUACAGGGGAGAAACCUUAUGGAUGUAAUGACUGUGGAAAAGUCUUUGGCCAGAAGUCAAGUCUCAUAAUGCAUCAGAGAAUUCACACGGGAGAGAAACCUUAUGAAUGUAAUGUCUGUAGAAAAGCUUUUGGCCAGAAAUCAAGUCUCAUAAUGCAUCAGAGAAUUCACACAGGAGAGAAACCUUAUGAAUGUAAUGACUGUGGAAAAGCCUUUGGCCACAAAUCAAACCUAAUGAUUCACCAGAGAAUUCACACAGGGGAGAAGCCUUAUGAAUGUAAUAACUGUGGAAAAGCCUUUGGCCAGAAGACAAGCCUAAUAAUGCAUCAGAGAAUUCACACAGGGGAGAAGCCUUAUGAAUGUAAUGACUGUAGAAAAGCUUUUGGCCAGAAAUCAAGUCUCAUAAUGCAUCAGAGAAUUCACACGGGAGAGAAACCUUAUGAAUGUAAUGUCUGUAGAAAAGCUUUUGGCCAGAAAUCAAGUCUCAUAAUGCAUCAGAGAAUUCACACAGGAGAGAAACCUUAUGAAUGUAAUGACUGUGGAAAAGCCUUUGACCACAAAUCAAACCUAAUGAUUCACCAGAGAAUUCACACAGGGGAGAAGCCUUAUGAAUGUAAUAACUGUGGAAAAGCCUUUGGAAAUCAGCCAGACCUCAUUAGACAUCAGAGAAUUCACACAGGGGAGAAGCCUUAUGAAUGUAAUAACUGUGGGAAAGCCUUUGGCCAGAAGUCAAACCUCAUAAUGCAUCAGAGAAUUCAUACAGGGGAGAAACCUUAUGGAUGUAAUGACUGUGGAAAAGUCUUUGGCCAGAAGUCAAGUCUCAUAAUGCAUCAGAGAAUUCACACGGGAGAGAAACCUUAUGAAUGUAAUGUCUGUAGAAAAGCUUUUGGCCAGAAAUCAAGUCUCAUAAUGCAUCAGAGAAUUCACACAGGAGAGAAACCUUAUGAAUGUAAUGACUGUGGAAAAGCCUUUGGCCACAAAUCAAACCUAAUGAUUCACCAGAGAAUUCACACAGGGGAGAAGCCUUAUGAAUGUAAUAACUGUGGAAAAGCCUUUGGCCAGAAGACAAGCCUAAUAAUGCAUCAGAGAAUUCACACAGGGGAGAAGCCUUAUGAAUGUAAUGACUGUAGAAAAGCUUUUGGCCAGAAAUCAAGUCUCAUAAUGCAUCAGAGAAUUCACACGGGAGAGAAACCUUAUGAAUGUAAUGUCUGUAGAAAAGCUUUUGGCCAGAAAUCAAGUCUCAUAAUGCAUCAGAGAAUUCACACAGGAGAGAAACCUUAUGAAUGUAAUGACUGUGGAAAAGCCUUUGACCACAAAUCAAACCUAAUGAUUCACCAGAGAAUUCACACAGGGGAGAAGCCUUAUGAAUGUAAUAACUGUGGAAAAGCCUUUGGAAAUCAGCCAGACCUCAUUAGACAUCAGAGAAUUCACACAGGGGAGAAGCCUUAUGAAUGUAAUAACUGUGGGAAAGCCUUUGGCCAGAAGACAAGCCUAAUAAUGCAUCAGAGAAUUCACACAGGGGAGAAGCCUUAUGAAUGUAAUGACUGUGGCAAAGCCUUUGGCCAGAAGUCAAGCCUCAGAAUGCAUCAGAGAACUCACACAGGUGAGAAACCUUAUGAAUGUAGUGACUGUGGAAAAACCUUUGGCCAGAAGUCAAACCUCAUAACACAUCAAAGAACUCACACAGGUGAAAAACCCUAUAAAUGUAGUGACUGUGGAAAAGCCUUUGGCAAUCAGCCGAACCUUGGAAGACAUCAGAACCUAGUAAUACAUCAUAAAACUCACACAGGGGAGAAACCUUAUGAAUGUAAUGACUGUGGAAAGGCUUUUGGCCAAAAAUCAGACCUCAUUGAACACCAGAAAAUUCAUGCAGGGGAGAAGCCUAAUGAAUGUAAAGAAUGUGGAAAAGACUUUGCCUUUACCUGGAAGUCAUACCUCUUAAUACAUCAGACAUUACAUGGGGAAAAACCUUAUGAAUGUAAUGAAUGUUGGAAAGCUCUUUGA